GCCUUGUGCUCCGUAAGGCGGUGCCACCGCUCGCUGCCUCCCCCGCCCCGCCCCGCCCCGGCGGCCUCUGGACCUGGGGCGCGGCACCCCCAGCCCCGCGGCACGGUGGGGAGCGGGAGGCGAGCGGCGCCCGGCACCGGGGACAGAGGAGCAGGCAUGGCCACCCCACAGCUCACCGAGAGCACCGUCACGGUGGAAGGCCAAACCCUCUUCUACCGCCAAGCUGAGCCAGCCCAGCAAGCACCAAAGCUGACGGUGCUGCUGCUGCAUGGCAUUCGCUUCUCCUCUGACACCUGGCUUCAGCUGCAGACACUUGCCACACUGGCCCAAAACGGCUACCGGGCUGUGGCUAUCGACCUGCCGGGGCUGGGGCGCUCAAAGGAUGCUGUGGCCCCAGCACCCGUGGGCCAGCCAGCGCCGGCAGCUUUCCUGAAAGCAGUUUUUGAGGCUCUGUGCCUGGGUCCAGCCGUGGUGAUCAGCCCGUCACUCAGUGGCAUGUACUCCCUGCCCUUCCUCUUCCAGCACAGCCACCUGCUGAAGGCAUAUGUGCCCGUGGCACCCAUCUGCACUGAGAAAUUCACAGCGGAGCAGUACACCGAGAUCAAAACACCCACGCUGAUCGUGUACGGGGACCAGGAUGCAGAGCUUGGGCAGGCCAGCCUGAACAACCUGCAGCACCUUCCCAAGCACCACGUGCUGGUGCUGCAGGGUGCUGGACACGCCUGCUACCUGGACAAGCCUGACGAGUGGCACCACGGGCUCCUGGCCUUCCUGCAGCAGCUGGAGUGAGUGGGAUGGGCUGCAUGGAGAAGCCCAUGGAGCUGGUGUGGCCAUCCCACCCAUCUCUCCUGUGUUGUGGACACACCCUUGCGCUAACCCAGCUGCUCAGCUGGUCUCCCCACCCAGCCUCCCUUGCGACCAAAUAAAACCACCACCACUUCCCUGCCA